UUUGUAGAGAAGGAAACAAAAUGACCAGGAAUAUUCUACGUUCUUCAUUCUGAUUGGUCUUUUCAUUUGAAUGCCUUCGACGUUGGUUCUAUAAAAAUAGGGGUGUCGUUACCACCCAAACCAUCGCCAACUUUUGGAGCAGUGAUCGACCAAACAAGUUAAACUCUUCUCGAAAGUAACUAGACUGAUCUAUCAGAAUGGCAUCGUGGGCGCUGGUGUUUCUUGUAAUUGUUGCCGCUGUGGGAAUCGAGUCCGCCUUUGGACUCAAAGGGACAAUAGUUCAGGUUCCUGAUGAGGUAAACUUGAAAAACAAGGAAGUGACACUGAGAGGUAAUGGGGACAUUAUCAUUAUCACCAUAAAGAACACGGAGACUGGCUCAGUCACUACAAUUGAACGUAUCAAAAACAAGAAAAUUCAGAUAACGAAGAACAACGACGAUCCCACUUGCUACGUCAGUUUUGGAGAUGUAAAUUUGCGGUUUCACGAGCUUCACUUCAAGACAACAUUCGCAUACGCCAUCAUCAACCCACGUGGUUGUCGUUCCUUGAUCUUUAUGACAAAACAAAAGACUUUUGAAUCUUUUACAAUGUUGAAAUAA